AUGUCCGAGUCCCGUGCCUCUCUACUCUCUUACACAACUUCAUCAUCAGCACUAAGCGUGACCUCUCCCCGACCAGAUACCUCUCAAUCUUCUACUCCAUUCCUCACUUUCACGAAGCGCGAAUUUAUCCUCAUUCAAAUCCGUUCCAUCAUCCUGCAUUUCUGGGCUUCUCUUAUUAUAUCCAUGAGCGCUACAAGUGUCGUCCCCUUGAAUCGUAACGAGCCUUCAAUACCAUCCGUGUACGUCUAUUCCAUUCUCAACUCUCCAAGCAAUGGGAUCGGCUCUUUUGCGAUCAAAAUUGCUAUUCCUCUGGUUCUCAAUGCAAGCUUGUGGUGUUACGCAGCUUCUUCAGAAGCUGGUUUGAGCGGAACACGGAGGUUGCAUCCUUUCUUGAGGGGAGACACUACGUCUAUCUCUAUUAGCGCAUCAUGUAAUCCUCCAUCUGAAGAAGGAGAUAUUUCGGGUAAGGAGAUCACUUGGGGUUGUAUUCGAGAUCAAGAUGGUAAUCUCCAGUAUCCUACAAUGACAAGAAAACCAGUCGAUGAAGUAGAAUGGACGCAAGGGAUUCUGAACGAUCUUGCAUUUCCCCAACCUACCGAUCACAAUGGAUUUGAUGUUGGAGAAAUGGCAGUGUUAUGUUUGGACGUUGAUUACCAUAUUCCGAUGGAGCGAAUCAAUCAAAAGGCUAUCAAUCAUGUGUUAAGUGUCAGAUUACCUUGUAGAGUCUUAUCUCGAGAGUCGGGUUUGGAUGAUGAUGGGGAGCGGUACAGACUUAUGACUUUGACGGGGACUUGGAAACAUAGAUACAAAAAUGAAAACUUAAGAGCGUGGAAUGAAUAUAUGGAUGGAGAGAAGUGCGGGAUAAAGUUGGGUAAUGAGGAAAGGGAAACUGGGGAGGGUGAGGCGGUCAAGGAGUAUUUUGCAAGAGAAAGCUUGUUUUAUUGGUAUUUGAUGGGCUUCCCAAGAGAUUUUGGGAUCCCAUGA